AUCAACAUGGCAGCUGAGAGUCUUGCUGAGCUCCGUGAUUGGCUCUUUCUUCUUCUCUUGUGCCUCACCUUAUUGGCUGAGGUACUGGAACUGGCGGCAGCAGCAAUUGCCAUGGAGACGGGUGAGGGAGAUGAGGGCAUUGUUUGUCCCUCAGUGUGCCGCUGUGAUGAGGGUUUUGUCUACUGCAACGACCGUGGCCUCAGUAUAAUCCCUCCACUACCAUUGACGGCUGCCAUCCUGUACUUGCAGAGCAAUCGGCUGAGUAAUGCCGGGCUGCCUCCGUCACUGGAACGCAGCACGUCCAUACGAGUGAUUUACCUGUAUGCCAACCAACUGGAUGAAUUCCCUAUACACCUCCCGCCUUCAUUACGGGAGCUCCACUUGCAGGAUAAUAAUAUACGAACGUUACCGCGAUCAGCUCUGGCCAAGUUACCAUUACUAGAACGUUUACACCUGGAUGAUAACUCUAUAUCCACAGUUAGCAUCCAGGAGCGAGCUUUUUCCGGGACUCCACGGCUUCGGCUGCUGUUUCUGUCUCGGAACCAUCUGUCAAGUAUCCCCGCGGGCAUGCCAGCAUCCUUGGAAGAGUUGCGACUGGACGACAAUAGAAUAAGCACCAUCCCAACACAUGCCUUCCGCGGGCUCUCCUCCUUGCGGCGCUUGGUCUUGGAUGGGAACCUGUUGGCCAACACACGAAUUGCAGACGACACCUUUUCCCGUCUUUCGAACCUAACUGAGCUGUCACUGGUCAGGAACGCCUUGCAGUCGCCACCGGUCAACCUGCCUUCAGCUCACCUUGUGCGGCUCCAUUUGCAGGACAACGGAAUGACCCACAUACCAAGAGGGGCCCUGGAUGGGAUGCGGCGGUUACAAAGGCUGGACUUAUCGGGCAACAAUCUAACAAGUCUCCCUCGAGGACUUCUAAAGGACACAGAAAGCCUGGAGUUGCUGCUGCUGAGAGGAAACCCCUGGUACUGCGGCUGCAACCUUCGCUGGCUCCACGCAUGGCUACACAGCCGGGGGGCAGCGGUGACAGUCAGGGGUCUGUCCUGUCAGGGGCCCGAGGCUGUGAGGGGCCAGAUCCUCAGAGACCUAACCUCCCUGAUGGAGCAAUGUGAAGGCCCCCCUGCUGGUCCAAGUACUGGCAUGGGGAUGAACCCACUAGAUAAAGAUGGAGGAGGUGAGGAAAGUGUUGGAGGGGGCCAUGCAGUGGCUUCAGUUCCCCACAGCAGUACCACCACCACUCCUGUGUUGGUCCCCACACAAGGUUCCCUCUUCACCCUGCGAGCCAAGCGGCCAGGCCUGGUAAUGCCUCUGCCACCAGGUGAAGGGGGACAAGUAUCUGGAGAGGCCCUGGACCUGACUGUAAAACCUCUGUCUUCAGACAGUGUACUGGUCAGCUGGCUGUGUCCAGAGCCGGCACCCUCCUUCCGCCUGUCUUGGCUGAGGUUGGGCAGCAGCGCAGCUCUUGGUUCCAUAACAGAGACUCUUGUACCUGGAGAGAGGAGGCAGUAUCUCCUAACCCAGCUCACACCACGCUCUCAUUACCUCAUCUGCCUGCUGCCACUACGACAGGAGCCUUCUUUUGGAGGAUCCAGCAUGGGGUCAUCUCGAAUUGGCAGCAUUGACACCGACAAUAAAGACUCGUCCCCGGCCUGUGCUCAGAUAGAGACUGGAGAGGCUUUGGUAAGCUCUGGAGGGGAGGGGUCAGAUAAGGAAGGACAGGACUCAGAGCUAACAGCCCUGCCAUUGGCUGGGAUCAUAGGAGGUGCCACGGCAUUGGUAAGCCUGCUGUUAAUCUUUGGCAUCUUCUGCUGGUAUGGACAAAGAGCAGGUUACAUGUCAGGGGACACAGGCUCGUACAGCAGGGGCCGUGGUGGAAAACAUUAUGAUGACUAUGUAGAGUCAGGCACCAAGAAAGACACUUCCAUCUUAGAGAUCAGGGCCCCUCCUGCAGGGUUUCAGAUGACAGCUAUGGCCCAUCAGCCCCUGCAGCCUAAGCUGGAGGAUGUCACCUACAUCCAUACCAUUUUCCCCUCUUCCUCCUCUUCCUCCCAAGCUAACGGGACCUACCGGAGCAACCACGGAGCUGGCAGCCUCAACGGCACCAUCCUCAGCCAAACUAGCCACCAUCAUGUCACUUAUGGUACCAACCGUGGCUACAGAGAGGGUGGCAUCCCCGACAUAGAUUAUGCCUACACGUGA